CGUCCGCGUCGCCGGCGAGGUCGAAUGCGCGCGGCGACGCUCGCGCGCGGCGGGCGACACCUCGCGGCGUCGCUGGAACGCGCGUGGGGCCGCGCGCGAUGCGUCGCGCUCGCGGCGUCGUUCGCCUCGCGCGACGCCGCGUCCGCGGGCGCGCGCCCCGCGCGCGCGGCGGAUCCCGCGCCCGCCGCGGCGGAGCGAGGCGCCGCCGCGUCCCCGAGCGCCGCGGUUCGACGCGCGCGGACCCAGGCGUCGGCCGCGCCGGAGCGCGACGCCCGCGCGGAGGACGACGUCGUCGCGACCGCCGUCGCGGACGCGGCGCGAGCCGCCGCCGCCGCGCGCGCGUCCGCGUCCGCGUCAAAAGUCGCACCGAUGCUCCUCGACACCCACGGGCGCGCGCACACGUACCUCAGAAUAUCGCUCACGGAGCGAUGCAACCUCCGAUGUCUGUACUGCAUGCCCGAGGACGGCGUCGAGCUCGCGCCGAGGUCGGCGCUCCUCACGUCCGAGGAGAUCGUCCGGCUCGCGCGCCUGUUCGUGCGCGCGGGCGUGACGAAGAUUCGCCUCACCGGCGGCGAGCCGACGAUUCGCGCGGACCUGGAAGACAUCGUCUCCGCGCUGAGCGACCUGCGCGCGGACGGUCUCGAGGACGUCGCGAUGACGACGAAUGGCAUCGCGACGCACCGCCGGCUCGGCGCGCUGAGGCGCGCGGGGCUGACGCGCGUGAACGUGUCGCUGGACACGCUCGACGACGCCAAGGCGCGUCGUAUCAUCGAUCGCACCGGUCCCCGUACGACGGCGUUCGCGAUGGCGCUGGAGUUGGGGUUCGACCCGGUGAAGGUGAACGUCGUGCUCAUGCGCGGCGUGAACGACGACGAGAUGUUAGAUUUCGUGGCGUUGACGCGCGACGACGCGAUCAACGUGCGCUUCAUCGAGUACAUGCCGUUCGACGGGAACCGCUGGGAGACGAAUAAGGUGGUGUCGUACGCGGAGGCCAAGGCGAGGAUCGAGGCGGCGCACCCGAGCGUGAGACGACGCGCGAGCGACCUCGGGGACCCGAGCGAGGUGGCGAAGAAUUUCACGAUCGACGGCCACGCCGGCGCGGUGAGCUUCGUGACGUCGAUGACGGACCACUUUUGCGGCGGGUGCAACCGUUUGCGAGUGAUGGCGGACGGCAACUUGAAGGUGUGCCUGUUCGGUAACGCGGAGGUGAGCUUGAGGGACGCCAUGCGCGCGGGCGCGAGCGAGGAGGAGCUGGAAGAUAUCGUCCGCGCGGCGGUGCGACGGAAGAAGGCGACGCACGCGGGGAUGAGCAAUCUUGCGAGCAUGGAGAACCGAUCGAUGAUUAAGAUUGGCGGGUGA